UUCUUUACGCAGCUGUGGCUCACACCUCGCCCGCGCUGUCAGACGCAGAGGCUCUACCCGACGGUCUCAGUCAACGCGUCCGCCUGGCCUCCUGUUCUCCGGACUUUCCCCCUUUAAAAAAAAAAAUAAAAAAAAAUCUUCAACCGUGUUUGCGACGUCAGGAAUGACCCAAUAAACAGCAGGUGAACACGGAUGAAGUUUGUUUCUCCCUCUGGUCAACCGAAGUCGGUUUAUGCGAUUGACUGAAUUUUGGAAUUCCAUCCCAGGCUUUGUGCGUCAGGAAAACUACUCAAGUUGUUACCAAUGGCACCCCGACUGACAGAUCUGAGAGUUGGGUUCAUCUUGAUCAUCCUCCUCUCCACAGGUUCAAGUGAAAACGAUGUGGACUUGAAAUUUUGUGGCAUCUGGCGCCAUGGCGAGGGCCCCCUGAGCCUGAGCGUCAACCUCUCCCCAGGCUGUAAAGGGCUCUCAAUCUCAGCCAAUAAGAGCUCUCUGUCCGUCGACGGGCAGAUCACAGCCCAGUGUUCACGGUCUGAAGUGAUUUCCUUCCACCAGUUUGGACUCGAUUCAGAGAAGCACAGUAGCUUCUGUCUGUACUGGGAACCAUUGCUGGACCAGUUGAAGCUGGAGGUCAAAGAAAACAACCUUACUCUGUGCUGGCCUGCCAGCCUGCAUGGCUCCUGCUGUACUGAUCUGUCUCAUGGCCCCAACGAACCCCAAGCAGCCUAUGGCAUAAUCAAUGGGACAGUCAGAACAGAUUUCAUCACCCAAAACACACACAUAGCCUACAAGUUCAAUGGAAAUAUCAUCAGCUGCAAAGAAUUAUGUGAUCAAGCAAGACAAAGAUCCUUCCCACAUGACAUGACUGGGGGCACUGAAGAUCCAUGCGCUCGCCGCAUUGAGGUGGAGAUGAAGGAAGAUUUCAAAGGCCACAACGUCACAUCACCUGUUGCUAAAGGUAAAGUUGAAGAGCCUGCAACCACUGUCCAUCUCCCCCUCGCUCUGAAAAAAGCUACAAGAAAGACUAGCAAAGUAUCCUGCACUUUCUUCAAGAACAACUCCCUCUUCCAGGAUGGCUACAAGGAGGUCAGGGUUCUCAACAAUGUGGUGGAAAUCACUGUGACGAACGAGGUCAUCGCUAAUCUGUCUGAGCCAGUCAGGAUAGGCUUUCACCACAAUGCCAUACCUAAAUAUCAUCCGAGGAAAUGUGUUUCAUGGGACACCAGAAAAGAUCCACUGCGGGUCAACUGGUUGGUAGAUGGAUGUGAGACACGAUGGACAGGACCAGAAUACACAGAGUGCCUCUGUGACCACCUGACUUACUUCUCUGUACUGGUGCAACUAAAGCCUGGACCGGUGCGCCACCUCUUGGCACUGACUGCAAUUACAUCUCUGGGCUGUGCCGUGUCUUUUAUCAGCUGCGUCGCUCUCAUCAUUUAUCUCUGCAGGAAGAGCAAACGAUGUAAGGAGCAGUCCAUACCCAUCCACAUGGGCUUAGCUGUGUCUCUCGCUUUCCUCAACCUGCUCUUCUUUUUCACUGGGGUCCUGGCCAACAUGGGAGAGAAGGGUUUGUGCACCUGGGUGGGGGCAGGACUCCACUAUGCCCUGCUGAGCUCCCUCACAUGGAUGGGCAUAGAAGUUUUCCACACCUUUUGGUUGGUGUACAUGGUUUUCAGCCCCUCCCCAAAGCCCUACGUAUGGACCCUGGUCGGCUUCGCUCUCCCUGCUGUUCCUGUCGUCAUCCUGGUUGCAGUAGGUGACAUCUACGGAGUGAAAGAGGUGGUGCCAAGCGAUGAUGUUACCAGCCCUUAUCUGAUGUGUUGGAUGAAUGACAACUCCAAGGCCUGGCUGGCUCACUAUUUCACCAACCUGACCAUCCUGGUCAUCUUGGUGUUCUCUGGCAUUGUGAUGCUCUCCCUGGUCUACAGGGAGAUCCGCAACAGAGAUGAGUGGAGGCAGAACCGUGUGGCUUUUCUCAGUAUCUGGGGCCUCAGCUGCCUCUUUGGAACAACUUGGGGUCUGACCUUCCUGAACUUUGGAUUUCUAACUGACUUCGUUCUUUUCCUCUCCUGCAUCCUCAACUCUUUUCAAGGCUUCUUUCUAAUGCUGCGGUUCUACAUGCUGGAGUGGAUGCGGAAGCAGGCCGGUGGCUCUGCUCUUGGCAGCAACAGCACUGGAUCUACCCGACAGCACAUGCUACAGGCGCAGGAGAAGAGUUAAACAGGCUUGUGUGUGGUGCAUAACAAAGAAAAAGCUGCAACAGUCGAGCUUUUUAUGUAAAAAAUAAAGUGUUAUUUUCGGCAGAAAUUAUAAAAAUGGAGAGUGUUCAGAGCAUGAACUGAGAUGCUGUGGAUUCAGAGUUUCUUCAGUUGAAAUUCUGUUGUCAGGUGUGGUGGCUGCUGGGAAAUCUGAGCGAUAACCCAUAACUGAGGAGUGAAUUCCAAAGCAGCGAACAAAAUUUUCUACCACCGGCACCAGUAGCAUUAGUACUCCUCUAGCAGCUAAAACUAGAGCCACAGAGCAAGAAAAGUAGUAGACCACAGGUGUUCAGGUGACCACAGGUGCUUAGCUUUCUCUGAUUGCACUGCUGCCAGGAUGUUCAAUGAGUCUGGUCGCAGAAAAGUUUGACGGCAUCUCUCCAAAUGAAGAUAAGUUUUGGACCAUAUUUCAACUAAAAGUAUUAUGAAAAACUUACCUACUGUAAUUUUAAUUUUGGCUACAUAUGGCUCUCACAGUUAUAAAGCAAACAGCUGGAGAGGAGCUAGAUAUAACCUUCUAACCUCGCUGUAAUCAACCUGGUGUAGCAAACCCCAUUCACAGUCAGAACAGGUCAAAAAAGAUAAAUUAUUACUUGAUUCUUCUUCUGUGGGGCAGCGGAGAAGAAAUGACACAGUCACUCAGGAACUUAUAAAACAGGCCUGGAGCCUGUAUCUGUAGAAUACCUAGACUGGCUCUAGAUGUAGAAGGGAAGAAAUUUAUUUGAGAUUUUAAAUUCUAAGCUGGGGACAAAGUUAAGUUUUAUUUUCCAGGCAGGGAACCUUGUGGAAGUUUAAAGAUGCAGGUCACUAUGCUGUGAUUGCCACUAUAUUAUCUGUAAAGAACAUAAAAAGUAUAUAUUAUUAUUGAAGCUCUCUGUGAACCUUAGAUAAGCUUUUUAUUUUUUAUUUUGUACUGUGUACCCUUUUGUUUCAUAGCUAAGUUUUUAAGUUUUUCUUUUUUUUCAAAGUAGCACUUUAGAUAUUCAGUACUUAUAGAACCUCAGUGAGUUGUCCUUUGUGUUGCCUUAAGACAAUAUGUAUGCAUUUUAAAAUAAUAGCUGAUUUUUUUUAAUACAGAGAAGAACGACUUCAUAUUUUCUCCAGACCUUCAGUCAAUAAGAUGAUAAUAAGAUCCCUCAUUUUCAAAAUGGACCAAAUGCAUUUAAGUUGGUUCUGGCACACUGAUUUUUAUUUUUUUUAUUUUUUUCUGUUCAAUUUGAAAUGGAGAGGUAAGAUUCUUAUAUAUAUAUAAUUCAGUCAUCUCCAGCAGCAGAGCCCGCAUUGGAGUUUUUAGAUACUGUGAUGUUUGCACUGUUUUAUUUUACGUGAAAUUUUAUGUCCAUUGAAUCAUUGUGUAUGUUUGAGUUUUUAUAUGUAUAUAGAGUAUUAAAAAAAAUCUUUUGGUUACAAAGA